UGGGUCUUCAUAUAUACUAGCUAUUACUGUUGAAUAUGAGACUUCUGCAUCGUCGCCUGACUAUGUAGAUCUCAUGUUCACAUGUACAAGCUGCUAGUGUCCUUUCUCCUGCUGGAAGUGCAACUGUGUAACAGCUUCAGUGCAUUGUGCUCUGCUCUGCAUGACAGUGAGUACUCAUCUUUCAUCACAAUUACUUUGAUCCUUCAAGUUGGCAAUAUCAACUUGACGAGCUUCGUUUCAUACCCGUCCACCGAGAUCGUCAGUUCCGGGCCAACGGAUCCUAAUGUACUGGCGAGCAUGUCGUCAUGCAUUUCCGAGACAAUCAACGACUAUUCCCAUUGAGCCCGGGAUCUAUGUAGCUCGAGAU